AUGGAUCCCAUCCCUAUGCUAAAAACUGAUGAUGGCGUUGAACUUUACAAGGACGACGAAAAGGCUGAGCAUCUGUCCAGGUUCUUUCAGUCGGUUUUUACGAGAGAAGUCGCUGUACCCACUGAUCACUGUAAUGUGGACAAUGUCCCGACAAUUGACUCAGUGGUUCUCACAAAACCUAUUGUUCAACAGGAAUUACUGAAGCUAAAAGAAGGGACUUCGCCCGGUCCUGACGAAAUACCGGCAAAGUUGUUGAAGGAAUUAGCCACAGAAUUGGCAGAACCUCUGAGCGUCCUCUUCCAAGCCUCUCUUGAUGCAGGCAGACUGCCUCCUGAGUGGAAGGCUGCGUGGAUUUCAACGAUUCAUAAAAAUGGCAGUCGCGCUUCCGCAAACAACUACCGACCAGUAAGCCUCACCUCCAUAUGCUGCAAAGUUAUGGAGCGAAUAAUCAAACGCGAACUGAUGCGGUUUUUAGAGCAAAAUCAUCUUCUGUGCGAUGCACAGCACGGUUUCCGCAGAGGGAGGUCCUGCUUGACCAAUCUACUCUACUGUCUUGAACAGUGGACCCGAGCGAUUGAUGAAAGAAACGUUGUGCAUGUGGCCUACAUAGACUUCAAGAAGGCCUUUGACAGCGUGCCACACCAACGUCUCCUAUACAAGCUCAGCCGCAUAGGGUAA